AUGAAUAAUCAAAUACAAGAACAUGUUUCAAAUGGCAUCGCAUUGUCCACCGCAAGUGAACCCAUUAUUGCGAAAUCAACUUCAACUAAUCAGAAAAUUGGUAUAAUUGGUGAUGGAAGUGUUGGUAAAACUGCAUUAAUGAUCGCGUUGGCCAAUAUUGACAAAAAUAAUUUUUCAACAGUUGAUAUUGAUCGCAGUACAUUCAACUAUUUACAAUUUGAUACACAUACUUAUCGACAUCCUCAAAGUAAUAAAAUCGUUCCGAUUACAUUUAUAGACAUACAAGGUGCUACUGAUGUUAAAGAUUCUGAAUCAAUUGGAAGUUAUAUAGAAUUGAUUUCAAUAGCCGAUUGUGAUUUAUAUCUUAUAGCAUUCGAUAAACCUUUUAGUAAACAUAAUCGUCAUUGUCAAGAACAUAUCGAGAAUACAUUAAGACGAAAAUAUAUAUUAGUGCGAACAAAAACUGAUAUGUUGUUUUCUGAAUUCGCGAAGAAAAAAUCCAAUAACGAGCAUAGAGACGAUUCAAUUAAUUAUUAUGAUUCUAAAAUUGCUCUGAGUGACACCAGACAAAAUGCUUCAAUUAGUUCUGAUCGUGAACGUCUUUCCGAUGAAAUAUACUUAACAGCGGCUGGUUAUGAUGAUAUGUUGAAAAAUUCGCCUUUUUUCACAUUCGAUUUGGAAAAACUGAAAAAGAAAUUAGUUCGAUUGGCUAUUAAAGAUACCCGAGUUGAACGUAUGUUUAAAAUAACUUUCUCUGCUUUAACAACUACAAUCAACACGUGUUUCCGUCGUGGAUACAUAGUUUCGUCAACACGUUAUCAAUGGAUCGCUGCUGCAUGUAGUCUCAUUCCAUUCCUUGACGAACUACCAGCUUUUUAUGGACGUGAAAAAAUCCGUCAAGUCUUUGGCAUUCAUGGCAAUUCUACACAGACAAAUACAUCAAGCAGCACAACAACCUCGUUUGAAAAAUAUCUGAUAGAAAAAAACUUUACUAUACCAAAAACUUACUUGAAAUCCGGCUGUUUUGAAUAUCUUUGGUGUGGUAAAGAGAAGCAAUCAAUGGCAAACGCCGCCAACGACUCUAAUGCAUUUUUUCAAUUGCCAGGAACAUGGAACUCCAAAGAUAAGAGUGUUACGUCACAAAAUACUAAAGCUUGCAUUGGUCAUGUUGCCUACACCAUAGUUGGGCGACCUGCUACCAUUUUAGGUGCCAUCGGGAAAGUAUUGGACAGUACAAUCCAAAUCGCAGUUCCGGCUUCAGCAGCUGCUUUGCGUGCUGCUUCAAUUGCUGGUAUCGUUAUUGGUGUGGUAUUGACUCCAGCAUUUGCUCUGUGGUCAUUCUAUUCUACUGGAAAACGAAUGGACGAGCAUCUACAUAUUUUAUGCGAUGAUUUACAUGUCAUAGCUGCAUAUUUCCUUGCUGCAAUAUAUAAUAGCCAUAUUAAUAUUACAAGAUUGCCUGAGAUUGUAUCAUUCGAUACGGCACUUUCAGGAGCUGAUGAAAGUUCUUCCGAUGAAGAAUAA